GCCUGCGUGGCAUCUCCAGGGCCCUGGGGGAAGGGAGGAGAUCCAGAGAGGUGUCAGUUCCCUAUUGGUCUAAACCACAGAUAACUCAAAUGCACAUCUGCACCUCAACCUCGGCCCAUGCUCUACAAGGUAACUUCAGAGGCCAUGCAGCUGCCCCUGCCACUGCUGCUUCUGUUGGGGUGCAAGGCUAUCCUGGGGAGCCUUGGGGAUAAGGCUUCACUCUCAGCUACAGCUCCAACACUGGAUGAUGAGGAGAAGUACUCAUCUCAUAUGCCGGCUCACCUGCGCUGCGAUGCCUGCCGGGCUGUGGCCUACCAAAUGGGACAACAUCUGGCAAAAGCAGAGGCUAAAUCUCACGCUCCAGACUCCAGUGGAAUGCGGGAGCUAAGGGAGUCGGAAUACACGGAUGCCCUGGACCGGACCUGCUCUCAGAACUGGCAGUCCUAUGGAGUGCACGAAGUGAACCAGAUGAAGCGGCUCAUGGGCCCAGGACUUAACAAGGGGCCAGAGCCAAGCAUCAGUGUGAUGGUUACUGGGGGUCCCUGGCCCAAUAGGCUCUCCAUGUCGUGUUUCCACUACCUGGGAGAAUUCGGAGAAGACCAGAUCUACGAAGCCUACCGCGAAGGCCAUGAGACUCUGGAGGCGCUGCUGUGCGGGGGCGCGCAGGGGUCCUGUUCGCAGGAGAGCCAGGGCCCGAGAGAAGAGCUUUAGUCCAAGCUGCCAUACCUCUGGAUCUUCACUACCUUUUUAUUUUUGGAGACCGACUCUCAUCACGUAGCCCAGGCUGGCCUUGAAUUUGUCCUGUUGCCUCAGUCUCGAAAGUGCUGCAAUUACGCAAGCGCCUUUGUGUUUGACCCUCCCAUUCCUUUCCGCC